AUGAACUGCAGAGCCAGGGCCAACCCCCCUCCUUCAUACAGAUGGCGCCGUGAUAACUGGGAGAUCAAACUGAUGGAGCAGCCUGAUGAGCACUACAGUCUGGUGGGGGGAAACCUGGUCAUCAACAACCCCCGACAGAAGAAGCACGCUGGGACCUACAUCUGUGUGGCCAAGAACAUCUACGGGACGGUCAUCAGCAAAGAGGCCCGCGUCAAGUUUGGAUACCUAGAAGAGUUUCCUCAGGAGGAGAGAGAUCCGGUUCAUGUGAAAGAAGGACAAGGUGCUGUUCUGCUUUGUGUUCCUCCAAAAGCCUAUCCACAGGAGGUCACAUACCGCUGGAUUUACAACGAGUUCCCAGUCUUCCUGCCCACUGACCGUCGGAGGUUUGUGUCCCAGAAAACGGGAAACCUUUACAUCGCCAAAGUGGAGGCUCAGGACGCGGGGAACUACUCGUGCUUCGUCUCCAGCCCCACCAUCGGCAAGAGCGUCUUCUCCAAGUUCAUCCCACUCAUCCCUCUCCCGCCUGAGGAAGGUGAAGAACGAAAGUACCCAGCAGACAUCCGGGUGAAGUUUCCAGACACCACUGCCAUGCUGGCCACAAACAUCACUCUGGAAUGCUUUGCUCUGGGAAACCCUAUUCCUCAUAUCGUGUGGAGGAAAGUGGAUGCUACCGACCUGCCCGCCAACCAUGAGAUCAGCGAGUCUGGGGCCGUGCUUCACCUGUUCAACGUCCAGUAUGAGGACGUGGGGGCCUACGACUGCGAAGCUAUCAACACCAAAGGGAAGGACUACCACAAGGCCUGGCUCUCCGUCGAGUCUGCUCCUGAAUGGGCCGAGACCAUCAACAACACUCAGAAAGACAUAGGAUCAGAGCACACCAUGCGCUGUGUGGCAGCUGGGAAGCCCUACCCUUUCAUUCGCUGGUACAAGGACGGAUACAUGUAUGGAAAAGGAGAGCUGAAGUUUUCUAGCCUGACCUUUGAUGACUCUGGGAUGUACCAGUGCAUCGCUGAAAACUACUGGGGAAUUAAAUAUGCCAAUGCAGAGCUGAGGGUGAUCGCGUGCGCCCCGACUUUUGAGUUCAACCCUGUGAAGAAGCAGCUGUUGGGGGCUAAAGACGGCCGUGUUCUGAUAGAGUGCAAACCCAGAGCUGCUCCGAGACCACGCUUCACCUGGACCAAGGGCAAAGAGCUGCUUUUCAACAACUCACGCAUUUCCAUCAUGUUCGACGGGACCCUGGAGAUACUGAACGCCACGAAGAACGAUGAGGGAUUCUACACCUGUUUUGCUGAGAACGACAGAGGAAAAGGGAACAGCACGGGGUACCUCACCAUCACAGACUGA